UGAACACACAGCCACACAAGCAACCGUCUGUUCAGAUGGGAACAUCAGGCUGUGUUUAUAUUCAUGCAUCAAUAAAAGCACAUUACAGUGUCUGUUAUCAGGAUGCAUUCGUGCUGUUCGUCUGCGACGUGUGCAGAUGUUUGGGCACAGAUGAGGAACUCUCACUCGCAGGAGGAAGACCAGAACACCACGAGCGUCAGAAUGGACAUCGCACUGUUAAAAGAGCAAUACAACACCAUCAAAGACAAACAGAGACGAGAAACCCGUGUGGUAUGUUUCACAAAAGAAGUACAUCACGAGGAGAUCAGCGCAGGCAAAAGUCCAGUUGACAUCGUCCCCGUGUGUCAGGCCAAACAUUCUCCUUUAACUGAAGCAUCCAUCGUGGAAACCCAGUUUGGCUUCGUUGAGGAUCCUGAAAGCGGUUCAUGGCACACACACCUGGAUGUGUACCGUAUGACACACACAACCAGUGGCACUGAACACAGAGAUCACACUUCAAACCACAGAGCAGAUUUAACAGCUGGAACUGCGUCAACGGACGACUCUCAUCUUAAAAGCAGCACGCUGAAUAACCGUAUUACCCUGAGCUCAAGGAAGCUGUCCGCACCAGCAGUUUUGUCCCGACAGCUGAGUUUUGGGAGCUAUCGUUCGUGUCCCACCCCAGCAGGUUCACGAUAUUACCCCUUCCCUCAGAUGAAGUGCCCUAAGAAGUCAGAGACAGCGAGGAGACUUGGGCUGUACUCUUCAAUUUAAUUAAGAUAUCUUGCAUAUUAGCCAGAAAUGCAUGGACUGCAUAAUUAACUGGUGUUGUUCAUUAUUUUGAUUAUUAAUGAUGUUGUUGUUGAUGUUCAUGCAGCAUAUAAAUGUAAAC